AUGUUACAUUGUAAUCCCAUCGCUAGCCCAAUAAAUCUCAAUGAGAAGCUGCACUCUGAAGACAGUUCAGGGAAAAUAGAUGGAUCCAAGUACAGGAAGAUCGUUGGGAAUCUCCUUUACUUAACUCACACUCAUCCGGACAUAAUACAUGUUGUUUCAGUUGUAGCUCGUUUCAUGCAAACACCAACGAAGCAUCAUUAUGAAGCAGUGAAGAGAAUUCUGAGAUAUGUCAGUGGCACCACUGGAUAUGGAAUCCAUUAUACAAAGAAUGAAGAGUUCGUUCUCUUUGGAUACUUCGACAGUGAUUGGGGAGGCUCGUCGGACGAUCGACGGAGCACAACAGGAUGGGUUUUUUCUCUUGGUUCAGGGGCGGUAGCUUGGUGUUCAAUGAAACAACUGGUAACUGCACUAUUGAGCACUGAGGCUGAAUACAUAUCAAUUACAUCCGCUGCCUGUGAAGCUGUUUGGUUGCGUCGCCUCUUGGCAGACAUGAAUGAGAAGCAGGAGCUCCCUAUAAUCAUCAGAUGUGAUAACAGUUCGGCCAUCUCCAUAGCUCGAAAUCCUACUCAUCAUAGUCGAACAAAGUAUAUCGACACCUGA